ACUCGUCUUUCGCUACUCGGCUAAGUCGCGACUGCUGAGGAGAAUUACGUACGCACGGCGACGGGCAGACUCGCUUUUCCUUUCUGCGUCCGUGCAGCGCGCGCUUGGCAUCGCUUUUUCCCGCGCCGGAGAUCAUGAGUAGAGCUUGACGAGAAGAAAGACGCCCUCGCGGCUGCGCCUUUUUCACCGCCGCAGCUUGUCAACUGAUAAUCUCGCUGAGAUAAGAGGGGAAGAAAGAAAAAGCUCGCAAGCUCCAAGUGGACCGGAUCCAAUUUCCCGACAUCGACCGAACCACAGAGAGACCAAAAUGAAGAAGGACAUCGACAGCUUCGGAAAGUAUCAAUUCUACAUCUACACCCUCAUCACCUUGCCGCUCAUACUCUCGGCGGGCUUUACGCUCGACUAUGUGUUUACCGCUGGAGAAGUCAAGUACAGGUGCAAGAUCCCGGAAUGCGAGGACUUGGGCAGCGCGACGCAGCUCCGAGGCAUGAGCUGGCUCAACAACUCGCAGUCCUUGACCGAGAACUGCAAGCGCUACUCGGUGAGCAGCUUCAAGAGCGAGACCAACUGCUCGGCGCCGGGCUUCUUCGAUCACAACAAGACCGAGAUAUGCAACGAGUGGGUCUACGACCCCGACGAGGUCACCAUUCACAACGAGUGGGACAUCAGCUGCGACUCGAAUCGCUGGAAGCUCACGCUCAUCGGGACCAUCAACAACUUGGGCCAACUGGUCGGUUUGACCUUCGCCUCGACCCUCUCGGACAAGUACGGCAGACGGACUGUAUUGACGAGCAUAACAUUCCUGACCGGUAUAAGCGGCCUCAUACAUUCUUUCUCCGUCAAUUACUGGAUGUUCGUUGCCUUUGAAUUCAUCGACGCGUGUUUCGCUGCCGGCAUUUACAGCGCUUGCUUCAUUUACGCUAUGGAAAUGACCGGCGUCGAGCAGAGGGUAGUAGGUAGCACCUUCAUAUCGUGUAUCUAUGCCGUCGGUGAAAUAUGGCUUGGCCUGGUAGCCAAGUGGACGCGUAAUUGGCGAGUGCUCAUGAGAGUCAUUUACGGGCCUGGCCUGCUCGUCAUCGCACUCAUGUAUCUGCUGCCAGAAUCGGUCAGGUGGCUCCUCGCUAACGACAAGCGCGACAGGGCCGAAAAAGUUUACCGAAAAAUGGCCAAAGUCAAUAAGCUCGACAUAAGCGAGGAGGCGUUCAUCGAAUUGAAAAAUAUAAACGACGAAAAAGAGAAGGAAAACGGAGACACGAAGAAGGACACGAGCAAGAGCGAGGACGAGUCGGUGGCGGCGGAUUCGAGUCCCGCUAAAAAGGCCGAGCCCAACAUAACCCAGAUCCGUCACAGCCCCAAGAUCUUGACUCGGCUGCUCAUCUGCUCGUUCUGCUGGCUCACCAACACCUUCGUCUAUUACGGCCUGUCCCUCAACUCGACUGAGUUCGGCCAGGGCGACAAGUACAUCAACUUCAUCCUCGUGGUCGCCAUCGAGAUUCCCGGCAACAUCUUCGUCUAUCCGCUGCUCAACUCGAUCGGCCGCAAAGCGACCCUCUGCGGGGCCUUCGUCUUCAGCGGCGUCUUCUGUCUGCUCAUUCAGUUCGUGCCCAGCUACGGAAUGUGGCACUGGGUCGCCCUGGCCCUCUACGUCUGCGGCAAGGGCUGCAUCACCAUGGCCUUCUCGACGUCCUACGUCUACACGACCGAGCUCUUCCCCACGACCUUGAGGCACUCGCUCCUCGGCAUUUGCAGCAUGACCGGCAGGGUCGGCUCGAUUUUGGCGCCUCAAACUCCUCUACUGGCCAAGUACAUCUACGACGGCCUGCCACUGCUGCUAUUCGGCGCCAUGAGUCUGACAGCGGGUAUGCUGACGCUGAGCUUCCCCGAAACCCUUGGUACAAAACUGCCCGACACUUUGGAGGAAGCCGAACGCAUCGGUCAGAAGAAUCCCGACGAAAAAGCAACGUCCGACCACAAUGGCUCGUCGACGUUGUCACCUGCGUGAUUAUUCCAAUUUUUAUCUUAUUUCCCAAAUUCGUUCGACGCCAAAACCACUAGCGCAUUAAGUUUCAGCAACUUAAAAAAUCAUUUUCAUAUUUAGCUACGAAUAGGGACCAAAAUAUUAUUCAAGAUCCAGGCGUCGGAUCGUCACUGCGAAAACGUAUUAUGAUUUUGUAAUGAAAGUGUCAAAGCUCUUAAUAAGUUCUUUGAAUUUAUCUUUAGCAAUGAAUCAGUGUGGCUGGAUGAGUUCAAUAAUGUCUAUUGUAAAUUAUUCAUUUUAUUUGUCACCGCACAUGAGGCAUAAAUUAAGUGUAUGUCAUAUUUUGAUAGCUUAACCAAGCUUACGUCGUAACUCAUGCGCAGGACAUUCAAUUGUACAUUGUUUAUACUUUGCUCUUGUCAACAAAAUCACCCGUCGACUCACUCGAUGUUUAUAUCAUUGAUAUAUAAUUUAGUUGGUGAGCUGGCUAUGAAAUUUUGCACCUAACUUUGAUGAUUGCAAAAUAUGUUACAGUAUUAACUUAAUUCUUGAUUUAUCAAAACUGAGCGCUCAGUUUUUUAUUUAAUUUUUUUCAUUUGUAUUUAUACUUCAUUUUCAUGUACGUUUUUACUCAAUACAUAAGUUAAUGAAAAAAAAAUAGCUUUUAAUCGUUGAUCGGUACAAAGUUUAAUCGUUAUUUCAUUUUAACGAAAAAACAAACAAAAUAAUGAUACUUUAUAAAAUAUUGUGAUGAUGCAUUUUAUUAGCGUUAAUCGCAAUUUUUUAUAGUCUGUUACUUUUUGACUAUCUUUACAAACAUUCCGAUGAUUUUACAAUGCUACUUGAUGAUUAUGUUUUAUACUACAAAUAUAAUGACUGUUUACGAGAAAAAAUCAUAAUAUAAAAAAGUAUAUUUAUUCAAAGUGUCAAUACUGAAAAUGAUUGUUGUAAGAUAUAAAAAUAAAUAUAAAUUUUCUUAA